CCUCGCCGCGCUCCGUCCGUCGUCCCUGGCCAGCGAACCUGAUCCCAAGAUGGCGGCGCCCAGCAGAAGAAGGAAUGGCGGCGGCGGCGCCGUGAGCUUGUGGGCCGCCCUGCUCCUGGUGGCCGUGGCGCUGAGGCCGGCACGGGCGGUGUCUGAGCCCACGACGGUGGCCUUUGACGUGCGGCCCGGCGGCGUGGUGCACUCCUUCUCCCAGAAUGUGGGCCCUGGGGACAAAUAUACCUGUGUGUUCACCUAUGCAUCUCAAGGAGGGACCAAUGAGAAGUGGCAGAUGAGUCUGGGGACCAGCGAAGACCACCAGCACUUGACCUGCACCAUCUGGAGGCCCCAGGGCAAGUCCUACCUGUACUUUACGCAGUUCAAGGCGGAGGUGCGGGGUGCUGAGAUCGAGUACGGCAUGGCCUACUCGAAAGCUGCUUUUGAAAGAGAGAGUGAUGUGCCCCUGAAAAACGAGGAAUUUGAAGUGACCAAAACAGCAGUGUCCCACAGGCCCGGGGCCUUCAAGGCUGAGCUGUCCAAGCUGGUGAUCGUGGCCAAGGCGACACGCAGUGAGCUGUGACCAGGAGCCCCUUUGAGGGCGGCUUUUCCUCAUCUCCGCUGAAGGAGCCGGGCCCCAUGAGGGCCCAGUACUUGUUUUCAGUGGGGGAUGGGGGCUGUUAAUUUUCUGCCCAGGCUGACGUUGCCCCGUUCAGAGGGCUUCGCAGGGCAGCUGAGGCCCCGGGGCAGAGUGCGGAGGGCCAGGACUCUCCUGGCUCCCACCUUUUUCUCCCCACGAGGAGUGUGGCUCUGAGACCCACUGCUCUUCUUAUCAGAAGAGGCAUCAGGGCACAAGGUGGGGCUCGCGGGGGUCACAGCUUUUCUGAAGCCAGCAACGUCUCCCCUAGGAUCAGGCCAGGCUCCAGGACGCUCCUGGGGAGAGCCAUCCUGCUGCUCUCUGACCCUAAGCCAGCUGUUUUCUUGUCAUCCCCCAGGGGACCAACUUUCAGACUAACUGGGCAGGAGUGAAAUGUUCUUUCAUGUUUAAAUAAAUAAGACAAUUAAAAAGUAA